AACUGUAAAGGUGCCAUUCCACCAAAGCCGUGUUCUGCACAAAUUGUUACGCACUUUUUGUGCAGAACUUUUCCUGUGCACAUACAAAAGAACACCCCUUGUUGACCACGUGUCCACCGACUAAAUGUACACAACUUUUGUACGCGAACAUUGCAACACUUGUGCUGAACUGUGCGAAUACAAAAGUUAAGCACAGUUUGUCCUCAGUGAUUUAGUUAGUUAGCAAUAUGGACGGACAGGAAGAGGUAGCGCUUUGUGGUGCAGCCUGUGUUGUGGUAUGCAGUUUGCUGAAAAAGAAAAGAAGAGCAAAGCCUAAAUGUUGGGUGAGACCCUUCUUAAAACGACGAGAGGAAGAAACGGAAAGAUUUUUAGAAGAAUUAAAAGUAGAUCCUCUGAGUGGAUUUAAAAAUUUUGCAAGAAUAUCUUGCGAAGAUUUUGAGUUCCUCAUCAAUGCUAUUGGUCCUUUGAUAGCCAAACAGGACACAAACUAUAGAAAGAGUGUUCCUGUCUCAAUAAGGCUGGCAAUAACACUCAGAUACCUUGGAAGUGGUGAUUCCUACACAAGUUUGAUGUAUUUAUUCAAAGUUUCAAAAGAACUUAUCAGCCGUAUUGUUCCAGAAGUGUGUGGUGCAUUGAUAACCACACUAAAAGAAAAUAUUAAGAUUCCAAGUACCCCGGAAGAAUGGAACACAGUGGCAAGUGAAUUUGAUCGUUUGUGGAAUUUCCCCCAUUGCAUGGGGGCAAUUGACGGGAAACAUGUUGUGCUUCAAGCUCCGGCCCACACAGGCAGUGACUUUUUCAACUACAAAGGACAAUUCAGCAUUGUGCUGCUAGCAAUUGUUGAUGCUAAAUGCAUGUUUAGAUACGUGGAUAUUGGAUGUAAAGGAAGGAUAUCAGAUGGUGGUGUCUUUAAGAAUACUCCUUUUUAUGCUAAUCUACAACAGGGUAACUUGAAUCUACCAAACCCUUAUGCCUUACCAGGAAGAAAUGAAGCUAUUCAACCUGUGCUAGUUGCAGAUGAUGCUUUCGCAUUAGAUGUCAAUGUACUAAAACCUUACCCUGGUCAACAUGACAAAAGAACAAAGGAAAGAAUAUUUAAUUAUCGUCUAAGCAGAGCGAGGAGGAUUGUUGAAAAUGCAUUCGGCAUUUUAUCUGCAGUGUUUCGUGUGCUUAGAAAACCUAUUCUCUUAGCUCCUGAAAAAGCACAACAGAUAACACUGACGUGUUGCUACUUGCAUAAUUUUUUAAUGAAAAAAAAGUCCUCUUCACAACUGUAUUCUCCAAAUGGUUUUUUGGAUACUGAAAAUGCAGAUACUCAUCACAUUGUACCUGGAGCAUGGCGCCAUGAUGCACCUAAUGAAAAUUUCUCACCCUUAGAACAUGUCGGAAGAAGACCAUCCGGAAGUGCAAUUGCAGUCAGAGAAGAGUUUACAGAAUAUUUUAUGACGGACAUCGGAAUGGUUCCAUGGCAAGAAGAAAGAGCUUAAUAAUUCGUUAACACUAGGUUAGGGUUGGGAAAAUGCUCCAGUUUUAUUGGUUAAAAUGUUUCUUUUGAGUGGGUUUAUUAUUGUCAACUUUGGCACUAAAUGAUUAUACUUAGCAAUAAAACAGUUACAAAAAAUCUUGUAUUCAAUAUAGCCUAGUCACGAUACGAACAUGAAUCAUGUCAGGCACAAGUCUAUAUUUAACUCUUUAGUUGAAAGAAAACUCAAGAAUUAAUAUUAGCAUUUGGUAUUAGGUCACAAUAAAUGUAUUUUACGUAUCUAUCAAAGAGAAUUUGAAAUAAAUAUAUUAGUAAAAUGCAAACACUAUCUAUAUGGAUAUUGCCUUACCU